GGAUGCACUGCGGCCAUGGGGAUUUCCAUCAUGUCGGCUACCAGGGGUGCCUGCAGCAGCAGUAGCAGCGAGGAGGAGGAUUUGGGGCGCCUCCGGGAGGCUGCCUGGGACCCGGUGCUGCAGCGAGCAGCAGCAGCAGCCCUGCUGGUGCCCAAAGGCGGUAACUUUAAGAAGAGCAAGUUGCCAUCCACUGAACCUAGCAUCAGAGAGAAGGUCUCUGAUCACGGGCAGGAUGGGAAUGAGCUGCAGACCACUCCAGAAUUCCGAGCUCAUGUUGCAAAGAAAUUGGGAGCAAUUUUGGACAGUUCCAUUACUAUUUUUAAACAUUCUCCAGGACCUGCACAGGACGAUCUGCAGUCCUCAGAGACUGAAGAUGAUGGCUUCCGCCUCUUCUCCUCAUCGGUGCCAGGAGACUGUGGUGAGCCAGAAGCUCAGGUUGCGGGAAGGCGGCGGCAGCGGUACUGCAGCUCCAGCGAGCAGGACAGUGACGAAGAAUGGCAGAGGUGCCAGGAAGCCACGGUGACAGCAGCAGACAUCCUGAAACAUAGCGGCCUCCCAGCAGCGCUCCAGAAUUCCAGCCAGGACCAUCACUCCCCGGCCACGGAGCCCAGCCAGAAGAAGAAGAAGAGGAGGAGGAAAAAGAAGGAAAACGUGAAUGGAGAGAACAGCAAUGAGCAGGAGGCCAGAGAAGGAGCACAUCAUAACCAGGCUGAUGCUGGGACUGAGGGGCCCUCGUGCUUUGAUGGAGCAAGCAGGAGAGGAGAGAACGCGAGUACGGAGGAUAUAGCAGUGGUGAAGAAAAGGAAGAAGAAGAAGAAAAGGGGGAAAGUGGAAAUAAGGAUGGAGUGAUGUUUUACAGACACUUGGUACUAGGAAGAGUUACCUGGUGUGGCUCUUGAUUGGUCUGGCCUGCAUUUAAGGAAACACAGUUGUUGAAUUUUAUAUUUUAUGGAAUCAAAGAACUUAGUUUGGCACUCCCUACCGCAAGGGAUGCCCCGUAAAAAUGCAGGGGAAGCUCCCCAUGUUACAGAGAAUGAGGACUUGUUGGAGCUGCUUACUGGACUGCUCAGGUGGGCAGUGGGUGGAUAAGACAUCCGUGGAUGACUCUCCUGGCUCUCUUUCUUGGGCCUGUGCAGCUUGUGACCUCCCAGGCUGCCCACUAGCCAUGGAUUGAGUUUUCCCAAGUGCUCGACAACUCUCUCUACUUUUAUAUUCUCAAGACACAAAACCAAGAGGUUCAUUGGGCCCCUGCUCAGCUCAGCUGCCCCACGUGGCCAGUGGGCUAUGAUCAACUUGGUGGGCAGGCUGAACAGAGGUCGUCGUCGUCAAACACUGAUAAUGGCAGUGGGUGGGUGCCUUCCUGCAAGGCAUGUCACAGUUUGAUGCAAACUGAUUCCAUCUCCCCUGUAAUGUCGUCUCAGGAUA